UGAGACUCAGGGUCAUGAGUUCUGGAUCGCUCCUCCAGCUGUUCCUCUGGGCUCUGUCCCAGACCCUGACCUCCGCGGGUUCCCACUCCCUGAGGUACAUGCACACGGCGGUGUCCCGGCCGGGCCGCGGGGAGGCGUGGUACGUGUCCGUGGGCUACGUGGACGACACCCAGUUCCUGCGGUUCGACAGCGACUCGGACAGGCCCCGGGUGGAGCCGCGGGCGCCAUGGGUUGGGCAGGAGGGACAGCAGUUUUGGGACGUGCAAACGGACAUCGCCAAAGUGCACGCGCAGACUUGCCGCUCCAAUCUGGUCACUGCCCUUGCCUACUACAACCAAAGCGAGUCCGGGUCUCACACUUUCCAGUGGCUAUCUGGCUGCGACGUGGGACCCGAUGGGCACUUUCUUCGCGGGUACGAGCAGUUUGCCUACGACGGUGCAGACUACAUCACCUUGAAUGAGGACCUGCGCUCUUGGACCGCGGCAGACGCCCCGGCUGAGAUCACCCGGCGCAAGUGGGAGGAGGCCAGAGCUGCAGACCACUACAGGGUCUACCUGGAGGGGGAGUGCGUGGAGUGGCUCCUCAGGUACCUGAAGAAUGGCAAGGAGAUCCUGCAGCGCGCAGACCCCCCAAAGACACACGUGGUCCGCCACCCUACUUCUAAUUAUGAGGUCACCCUGAAGUGCUGGGCCCUAAACUUCUACCCAGCGGAGAUUACCCUCACUUGGCAACGUGAUGGGGAGGACCUGGUCCAAGAUACAGAUACUGUGGAGACCAGACCUUCAGGGGAUGGGAGCUUCCAGAAGUGGGUGUCUGUGGUGGUGCCUUCUGGAGAGGAGCAGAGAUACACUUGCCAUGUACAGCACGAGGGACUGCCAGAACCUGUCACCCUGAGAUGGGAGCCCCCUCCUCAGCUAACUUUCACCAUCAUGGGAACCAUCGCUGGUCUGUUUUUUCUUGGAGUUGUAAUCAUUGGAGCUGUGAUCUGCAGGCAGAUGCUCUCAGGCGGGAGAAAAUGGAACUACAUUCAGGGUGCCAGUGAGUAUAAGAGGGGUGAUCCUGAGGCCCUUGAGAUAGUGUAG